AUGCGGAAAUAUCUUAUCAAAGGUGGCAAUGUCCUCCUCUUUAAUGAGGAAAAGAGGGCAUCAUUUCCAAAGCUCGAUAUCCUUGUCGAGGGCAAUAUCAUCUCCAAGAUUGGACCAAAUCUAGACUUCAAGGAUCCAACUCUCGAGAUCAUCGAUGCGACCGACCAUAUUGUGUCUCCCGGCUUCAUCGAUGGCCAUCGACAUGUAUUCCAGUCUCAGUUGAAGACUACAGUCGGGGAUCAUAUCUUUGUCGACUAUUGCGCCCAUCUUUUGCAAGGCCGUAUGACGUUCCUUGAUGCCGAUGAUAUGUAUCUUGCGCAACUAUCUGGCGCAUCAGAAGCCAUAUGGUGUGGCGUCACCACCGUCAUGGACCAUUCGCACGUUAUCAUGUCGAGGGAUUAUGCAACGAAGUGCAUCGAUGCGACAAUCGAAUCCGGUAUUCGAAGUAUAUAUUGCGUUGCACCCUUCGCCAAUCCUCAGUCGUUAAACCCAAUGGUUCUACCGGAUAUGGAUGUGAAGCAUCCUGAGCAGAUAGAGCUCUUCAAGUCUCUAUCCCAACAAACUCCGCUAGGCGGGUCCAAGAAUGAUGGACGAGUGACGCUUGGUCUGGGUUUUGAUACCAUGAACCAUCGACCUGUGGAAGAGGCGCGUGAAGUCCUUCAAUAUGCAAAGGAUAGCGGCAUUCAUGUCACAUGCCACGAUGUAGAGCGAUUUAAUCUUCCAUCGCUCGAAUACCUGAGAAAAAACGCCUUGCCUUUACCGCCCAUUACCAUGUCCCAUACCUGCGAACCUGACCAGACCAGAAUUGAUUUCGUGAGGCGCAAUAACAUUGGAAUUAUAUCUACUCCGGAAUCCGAGCUGGCGAUGAGCCACGGUAUUCCGUCGGCUUUUGAUUUCCUUCGAUCAGGUUGCCGUAUAGGCCUCGGCAUAGAUUCCCCGGCAAUCUGCAGCGGAGAUAUGUUUUUCUGCAUGAGAUUAGCCCUACAGAACCAGAGGGCGCGAGAAAAUGCGACAUACCACGCCAGGAACAAGCUGCCGAAAGAAGUGACAGCUCGGGUGGAUGAAGUCCUAUACAUGGCCACAUUAGGCGGCGCACAUGCAAUUCACCGAGAAUCGGAGAUUGGAAGCCUGGAAGUCGGCAAAUUGGCAGAUAUCGUACUAAUCCGAACAGAUUCGCCCUCCAUGGUCUCGUCGGUGAAUUACGGCCCCGCCAUGGUCAUGCAUUGCCACCCAACUGAUGUGAGUACUGUGAUGAUCAACGGUGAAAUUGUCAAACGAGAAGGCAUAUUGCUUAGGGUGGACUGGAAUAAGCUUGUUGGGAAAUUGAGAGAGAAUCGACAGGUAUUGGAAGCACGAUGGGUUGAUGUAGACUGGGAUGUAACUAAAAGUGAGCUUACAAAACUUUGGUAUCUGGGCGGGGUCUUAGAGGAUUAG